UGUUGACAGGCAGUGCUUAGGUCUCGCUCAAACAUGGCCACCAUGAUGGAGUGAAAGCAAUAACUUUAAAUUCUCAAUUUUAAGGGGAAAAACUCCCUUUUCUUGAUGUAAGAGGAACAUUUGAGGCUGAAAUCGACGGAAGUAAUAUUUUUCCAUCCAACCGAAUGCUAAUGAGAAGUUGCAAGGAGGUUUAUUACUGGUGCAAGUUGGCUGCGAGCUGUAAAGAAUUGCAUCCAUGUCGUAAGGGGUUUCUUCUUUUUCUUGGGAUUUCCCACCAUCAUUUUUGUUUCGAAACUGCCGAAGGAUAUGGAUACAUUUCAAUAUUUUUUCCGGUGAAAACUAACAGGAGAUACGUUUGGAAUACAGCAGAUCGGCUUUUUCACAUUUUUUGUUUGUCAGUCUCCUGUUGGAAAGGGUAAACAAGCUGGUUAAAGGGAACACACUGGGUUCCACAUUUUGACCCCAUUUCACUUUUUUUCAUGAACUCGGAUAGCAUUUUUUUUGGAAUAUGUGCUGUGUUUUUUUGGGGGCGCACAUACUGCAUCGGUAGUUUCCGUUUUAUUGCUACAGCUGGAGAGUGAAAAUCUCCCCUACCCCCAGAAAUAUACAAAAUAAAAGUAUUUCAUUUCGCAGAUGAUAGUAAAGGUGAUGAAGGCAAUAAUUCCACACUUCUAGGGUGAAAAGAAUGUCAUCAGAGGACAAGACUCUGGAGCCCUCUGACCAAGGAUCUUCACCUGCUCCAGCCAGCAGCACCACGGCCACCCCUGCAGGCAGCCCGGCCAUUGCAGACAAGAGACCCAGGGGCAGGCCUCGCAAAGAUGGAGUCGCUCCCGUACACAAAUCCAAGAAGAAAUGUCGCAGUCGAGGAAAGGCGUCUGUUGAUGAUGAAGACAGCAUGGAUGGUGUUGAGACUGCAGAAACAGAAAGUGCUGUGGAGACAGAAACGAAAGAGCAGCCAGUGGAGAACGAAGGCAUCCCAGCAGCAGAAGAAAAGCUGUCGUCCCCUGGUCUCCAUUGCUCUGUGUCUGAGGAUUCUGCAGGAGCUCCUGCUUCCGCUGCUUCACAAACCAAAAGCAGUGAACAGCUCUGUGCCUUCUGCAAUUGUGGAGAACGGAGCUUGCUGGGCCAAGGGGAGUUAAAGCAGUUCAGCCCCAGCCCCGGGUACACCAUGCCCAGGAGAAGCCAGUGCCGAACUAAGAGGGACAGCACUGGCAGCAACGAGGGAGAGGGAAACAGCAGCCCGAAACUGAACUCAACCGCACGCCGGCAGAGAGGGCAGAAAAACGCCGCAGUGUCCGUGGUGGCGGUGAACACUCCGUGCCCUGGUGAUGAACCAGCCAGCAAGUUUUGGGAUGAGCUCAGUCAGGUCGGGCUUCCUGAGGACAUUGACCUCCAGUCUCUAUCCGAUCCCUCUGGGCGUUGCUGGGCCCAUCAGUGCUGCGCGGCCUGGUCGGAGGGAGUGUGCCGGGAACAGGAGCAAGUGCUGGUCAACGUGGACAAAGCCGUCGACUCAGGGAGCACAACGCACUGUGCAUACUGUAAGCGCCUUGGAGCAACCAUCAAAUGCUGUGAAGAGAAGUGCAGCCGCUUGUACCAUUAUCCCUGUGCAGCGGCAGCUGCUGCUUUCCAGGAUAUCAGGAGUCACACUCUCCUUUGCCCAGAACACAUCGAGCAGGCUACUGGUAGAUCAAAGGAUGAAGCGAACUGUGCAUUGUGUGACAGCCCAGGAGACCUCCUGGACCAGCUGUUUUGUACCAGUUGUGGGCAGCAUUACCAUGGGAUGUGCCUGGAUAUAGGAGUGACCCCUUUGAAGAGGGCAGGCUGGCAGUGCCCCGACUGCAAGGUCUGCCAAACCUGCAAGAACCCUGGGGAGGACAGCAAGAUGUUGGUAUGUGACACAUGUGACAAGGGUUAUCACACAUUUUGCCUACAACCUGUAAUGGACUCCAUACCUACAAAUAGCUGGAGGUGCAAAAAUUGCAGAGUAUGUGAGCAGUGUGGCACCAGAACAAGUUUUCAGUGGCACCACAAUUGUCUAUUGUGUGAUAACUGCUACCAGCAGCAGAACAUGGGCUUGUCCUGUCCACUUUGUGGAAAGGCGAUCCACCCAGAUUCCCAGAAGGACAUGCUUUGCUGUCAGAUGUGCAAAAGGUGGAUACAUCUAGACUGCGACAGACAAGCAGAGAACAAAACCAGCGUCUUGCUAAAAGACGGAUAUGUGUGCACAGUCUGCAAGCAAGUGGAACUGGAGGAACUGCAAGCAAGCCAGACAUUUGGGGUCCUGGAGACCGCUGAGCCAGCUGAAGAACUUGAACCAGCAUGCUUGGAAAGGGUACAGGAAGCAGUUGAAGAAGCAGGGAAUCUGGAACAUGCUGCUGAAGAGAAUCAGCUCAAGGAGGAACAGAAACCUGUCGAGUCUGCUGCUGAACCUGCACAAGUAGUAACAACAAUGGACCCCAAGGUUUCUGUGCCCCCGUCUCCACCCUUCCUAGCCAAACAAGAAACACCGGAGGAGGUAGAAACAGCAGCAGCAGCAGCACCCACAGAAUCCCAGCUGGAAAGAGAACUACAACCACAGAAUUCAGAAGUGCCGGCUGAGGUUGUCCCACCAGCACCUGAGGAAGCAGGCACUGAAAGUGAAGCUGCGAAGGUGGAACCCAUGGAAGUGUCGGCUGCAGAACCCACUCAAGCACAAGAGCGUCUGGAGACUGCGGUGCAGGAGAGGAGACCUUUGGAAACUCCUGCCUUGGCACAAGAACACCUUGCGCUUGAACUGAGUGAAAACCACGAGGUUGCUCAGGUUUCUGACAGCAGUCGUCUUGUGGAAAUGGACAUCACCCCCGCCAGCGAACUGAGCUUCUCAGACAUGAAUUCACCUUCACAGGAUCUGACUGCCCUGUCACAACAGUGCCCAGAAAGCUCUUUCUCUGUUUCAAUGGACACCAGCAAGCUGGCAGAACCCCCUGUUUCUGUAGGAACUCCCCCAAAAGACGUGCCCCAGGUUCAGACAGCUCCAGCGUCCAGUGGCGGGGUACCCUCAACAACUUUCAUACCAGUCGCGCCAAAAAUUGGCAUGGGGAAGCCAGCCAUCACCAAAAGGACGUUUUCUCCAGGAAGACCUCGAGUGAGACAGGGAGCUUGGAGCACCCGUAACAUGUCCAGCUCUCCUUCGUGGUCCCCAGACCGUUCAGAAGGGUGGGACCCCUCAAAGACAAGGCAGCUGUUCAGCACCCCCAUUUGGACCGUCAAAGUGGAAGGACAACUACAUGACGAGGUAGCUCAUCACAUGCAAAACAGAAGGAGCAGCUACAUGACCAGAUAUCUUGUCACUUGCAGCGAAAAGCAGGGCCGCGGAUCUGGCUUUCCUGGGAGGAGGAGGCCUCGUGGGGCUGGUGUCUCUGGGCGGGGGGGUAGAGGCAGGUCCAAGCUGAAAAACGCAGUAGGAACAGUCAUCACCCCUGGGGCAAUGGUUGCUGACACAUCUUCAGUGAAAGAUGAGGAAGAGAACUCAAUGCACAACACAGUGGUUCUGUUCUCAAGCAGCGACAGAUUCACUAUGAAACAGGAUAUGUGUGUGGUGUGUGGAAGUUUUGGACGAGGUCCAGAGGGAAGGUUGCUUGCUUGUGCCCAGUGUGGCCAGUGUUACCAUCCCUACUGUGUCAGUGUUAAGAUUACCAAGGUGGUUCUCAGUAAAGGCUGGCGCUGCUUGGAGUGCACAGUGUGUGAAGCUUGUGGGAAAGCCACAGACCCAGGACGGCUGCUCUUGUGUGAUGAUUGUGACAUCAGCUACCACACCUACUGCCUGGACCCCCCCUUGCAGACUGUCCCCAAAGGAGGCUGGAAGUGCAAAUGGUGUGUUUCCUGUACACACUGUGGGGCCACGUCCCCAGGGUUGCGGUGUGAGUGGCAGAAUAAUUACACGCAGUGCGCUCCCUGCGGCAGCCUGGCUACCUGCCCAGUCUGCUCCCAGAACUACAAGGAGGAUGAGCUCAUUGUGCAGUGCCGGCAGUGUGACAGGUGGAUUCAUGCCUCCUGUCAGAACUUGAACUCAGAAGAGGAACUGGAAAACGCGGCCGACAACAGCUUCGACUGUGCCAUGUGCAGGACACACAUGACACCGUCCCAUGGCUCAGCCCCAGAGGACCCUGAAUCACCAGUACUGGCGCACAUUGUUACGAAAAUAAAAGAACAAGACCCACCCAAGACAUACACCCAGGAUGGCGUCUGUUUGACAGAGCUGGGUUUGUCACGGCUGCAGAGUCUGACCGUGGCAGCACCGCGACGGAAACGACCCAAACCCAAACUGAAACUGAAGAUAAUCAACCAAAACAGCGUGGCUGUGUUACAGACGCCACCAGACCCACAGUCUGAGCUCUCCAGAGACGGAGACCUGGACGACAGCCGGGAAGGAGACCUUUUAGACUGUGAUGGAAAAUCCGACUCCAGCCCAGAACGUGAGGCUGCAGAUGACGUCUCUAAGGGGCCAGAGGGGGCUGAUGGAAUCAAGAAGAGAAAGAGGAAACCGUACAGACCUGGUAUUGGUGGGUUUAUGGUACGCCAGAGGAGUCGGACAGGCCAGGGCAAGGCAAAGCGCUCCCUCUGUAGGAAGGAUUCCUCGGGUUCUGUGUCGGAAUAUCUCCUGGGUAAAGAAGAAAGCUGGAAUGAGCCUUUACCUGACACACCAGUGGAAGAGAUUGCCCCUGGCUCCGAAUACUUGGAGAAAGCAAAGAAGCGCUACAGGAAGAAGAAGAAUAAGCUUGAAGAAGUGUUUCCAGCAUAUUUACAGGAGGCUUUUUUUGGGAGAAACCUGCUGAACACAAGCAGACAGAGUAGGCUGAGCUUGGACGCCCUGUCUGAUGAGGACCCGGCUCGUGUUGACGGGAGGACCCCCAGUGUGAAUACAAACUUCCUGGAUCCAUCCUGCGAUCCGCUGCUGAGUUCCACCAGCUCACCCAUUACAGCCAAACCAGCAGCCCUGUCUAACCCUGAGGAUCCAUUGGCUGCCCUCUCUGAAGUCCUCAACACAGAUGAUGAUAUACUGGGGAUCCUUUCUGAUGAGCUAGUGAAGCCUGGGGAGGAUUCAGGUCUUGAUUUAUACACUUACCAGGUUGACAACUUGCCCUCUCCUUUUGCUGGUCUGGAUAUAGGUCCCGUAUCAGAUGAUUCAUCUUUGGCCCCACUGGCAAGUACUGGUCGCAGCGUACGGCCACUGCCCGAGGAGCCACUGGGCGGGGUUCUCAGUCCAGAGCUGGACACGAUGGUCACAGAUGGUGCGAUUCUAAGCAAACUGUACAAAAUUCCAGAGCUUGAAGGGAAGGAUGUGGAGGAGCUGUUCACCGCAGUCCUGAGCCCGAGUGCUAACCAGACUCCCCAGCACUCACACAUACCGCUGCAAAACCAGGGAGACAGCCUGUUCCCAAGAAUGCCUAUAAUGAACGGCCUUAUGGGGCCAACCCCCCAUUUUCCAUCUCCACGAGUUCCUCCAGGACCAGGGCCCUGCACACCCAGCACCUUCUCUCCCAUCCAUCGGGCUCCUUUCACAGACUCCUGCAGGGACAAAAAGCCUCAGUUUCAUGAGCUGGUGAACAAAGCAGCUGGCUCCUGGGCUGCCCCAGCUCCUGUGCUGGAGGCGGAGGCAGACACCAUGUCCAAUGCCCAGAGGAGCACUCUCAAGUGGGAGAAGGAGGAGACCCUGGGUGAGAUGGCAACAGUGGCCCCUGUGCUGUACACCAACAUGAACUUCCCCAGCCUCAAGGAGGAUUUUCCUGAGUGGUCCACAAGGGUUAAGCAAAUUGCAAAACUAUGGAGAAAAGCCAGUUCCCAAGAAAGAGCACCGUAUGUGCAAAAAGCCAGAGAUAAUCGGGCUGCCCUGCGCAUAAAUAAGGUCCAAAUGUCCAAUGAUACCAUUAAAAGACAGCAGCACCAUCAAGAAAUUAUUGAUCCCAACAUCCCUAUAGAGUCAGAUCUUCUGUUUAAAGAUCCGCUGAAGCCUAAGGAAUCGGAACAUGAGCAGGAAUGGAAAUUCAGACAGCAGCUGAGACAAAAAAAUAAGCAGCAAGCCAAGAUAGAAGCAACGCAGAAACUGGAGCAAGUUAAAAGUGAGCAGCAACAGCAACUGCAGCAGCAGCAGUCCAGCGGUCAGUCGGGCAGCGAUUCUCCCAACAGCGGGAAUCAGAGUCCUCUGACUCCCCAACCAAGCAAUGGAAACACGUCCCCAGCACAAGAGACGAUGCCCAAAGAUGGAUUUGCGAUACCGCAGCCUCCUGGCACUCCUACAGCAUCGUCCUCUAAUGAUGUCUUUCUUAGACCCCAAGCCCCACCUCCUACACCUACACGGAUGCCAGUGCAAGAGCCCUUUUCCCAGGCUCAGCCUGCACAACCACAGUCCCCACAGAUGUUUUCUCCUGGGGCAUCAAACUCAAGGCCAUCAUCCCCAUGGGAUCCAUACGCCAAAAUGGUUGGAACACCUAGGCCACCUGCAGUGGGGCCAAAUCCCCCCCGGAGGAAGUCCAUCGACCCCUGCACUCCUCCACCAGCCGGAACCAGACUGGGAGCUGAGCAGCAGGAAAGGAACAGGCCUUCUCCUGCUCACGAGUCUUUUGGAUCUCCGUCUUCUAUCAAUAACGAUCCCUACACAAAGCCUCCAGACACCCCCAGGCCAGUCCUAUCUGCAGAUCUGUUUGCAAAGCCCAUGGGGCCACCAAGGACAGUUGGUAGUGCAGAGCAAUCUGGGAAACUUCCACUUGGAUCCACAGCCGGCGGUGAUACAUUUGCUAGGCCAGGUCUUCCAGCUGAAGUUUACCAAAGGAUGCAGAUGUCCCAUAGCAGGAUGAUCCUGUCAGAUCCGUACACCAGGCCUCUGCUGACUCCCAUUCCCGGAAGUAACGAGUCUGGUUCAGUCUCCUUGUUUAAAGCCCCAAUGCCUCCCUCACAGUCACUGCAAGACCCCUACCCUGGUAUGUCUUCAACUCUCCGGCACAUGUCAACGGAUCCAUACCAACAUCCUGUGCUCACGCCAAGGCCAGCAGAUGGAUUUUCCCAAAACCAGAUGAAUGACCAUUUUGCCCAGCCCCCACUAACUCCUCGUCCCGCGAUGAACGAUAACUUUUCACACCCUCCCAGGAGGAGCCGCCAGUCCCAGAGGGACCCCUUUUCACAGCCUGGACCCAUAGCAAGACCACCAUCUCAGGAUCUAUACGCUCAGGAACCUUUAACUCCUGGGCCUGCUCCUUUGCAGUCUGCAGAUCCCUAUUCUCAACCCCCUUCUACCCCCAGACCUGGGAUGGGAGAGAGGUUUGCACAGUCUCCAGUCCAUCAGAGGAAUUCUGAUCCCUAUGCACAGCCACCAGGCACCCAGAGACCAGUAAUGAACGACCCCUAUUCCCAGCCACCGGGAACCCCGAGACCAGUAAUGAACGACCCCUAUUCCCAGCCACCGGGAACCCCGAGACCAGUAAUGAACGACCCCUAUUCCCAGCCACCGGGAACCCCGAGACCUGUAAUGAACGACCCCUAUUCCCAGCCACCGGGAACCCCGAGACCUGUAAUGAACGACCCCUAUUCCCAGCCACCGGGAACCCCGAGACCAGUAAUGAACGACCCCUAUUCCCAGCCACCGGGAACCCCGAGACCAGUAAUGAACGACCCCUACUCCCAGCCACCGGGAACCCCGAGACCAGUAAUGAACGACCCCUAUUCCCAGCCACCGGGAACCCCGAGACCAGUAAUGAACGACCCCUAUUCCCAGCCACCGGGAACCCCGAGACCAGUAAUGAACGACCCCUAUUCCCAGCCACCGGGAACCCCGAGACCAGUAAUGAACGACCCCUAUUCCCAGCCACCGGGAACCCCGAGACCAGUAAUGAACGACCCCUAUUCCCAGCCACCGGGAACCCCGAGACCAGUAAUGAACGACCCCUAUUCCCAGCCACCGGGAACCCCGAGACCAGUAAUGAACGACCCCUAUUCCCAGCCACCGGGAACCCCGAGACCAGUAAUGAACGACCCCUAUUUCCAGCCACCGGGAACUCCGAGACCAGUAAUGAACGACCACUAUUCCCAGCCACCAGGCACACCAAGGCCCGGGACCUCGGAAAACAUUAACAGACCAGUGGUCACAAGGCCUGGGUUGAUGCCAAAUCAAGGUCCUUUCUCGCCAGCACCCCAGAACAGAGCUGCAGGCACACAGGAGACAUUUGUGCACCCGUCAGACCCGUGCUCUCAAACUUCAAAACUGUCUGGAAUGACCGAAGAACCCUUCACUCAGCUGAACCAAACAUCUAUUCAUGAUCUGUGUGAGCAGCCUCCAAUGACCCCUCAGUCGCAGUCUGGUGGUGUAUUUGAUGAUGGAUGUCUGGCUCGCGAUAUUACAGAGCAGCACUUAACAGGAAAGGAGGGGAACUUUGGAGUUUCUUCAACCCUAAAUAUGCCAGGUUCAGUGGCAGCAGGAGUGGCCAGUGAAGCACAGAACAAUAUGCAUAUAUCACAAGGAGACACCGAAGAGAAGCUGAGACAGCGGCUCAGGUUACGGGAAAUAAUUCUGAGACAGCAGCAGCAAAAGAUUGCUGUCCGUCAAGAGAAAGGCCUGCAGGACCCUGCACUGUCUGCAGCACCAGGAACUCCUCGACACUGGUCACAGGAAGACCCAAACCGUCCCAACGAGCUGUUCAACAGACCCCCUCCUCCUUACCCCGGGACAAUCAGGGGGCCGCUGAUUCCACCAGGAGCUCAGAGGUUUCCAGGACCUUUCCCCAAUGAUCCCCGAGGAUCCUUUCCCAGAGAUAGACUGUUUAAUAGACCCCCGUUUACAGGAGAUGUUACCGGAAUGGGCAUGAGACCAAGGUUUGGAUUCCCACACAGUGGACAGGGUCCUAUUCCUAGUCAAGAACGAUUUCUCAGCCCCUCACAUCAAAUGCAAGGCUCAAUGCCAGGCUUUCCACAGCAACUGAGGAGAUCUUUAUCUGUGGACCUCCCACGACCUAUGGGCAAUCCAAUUGGACUCCCCCAGCAUUUUCCUCCUAGGGGCAUGCAGAUGCAACAACACAAUAUCAUGGGGCAGCCCUUCAUAGAACUACGGCACAGGGCUCCUGAAAGCAGGCUGAGGCUUCAAUUUAGACCUUCUCUCAUGAUACAAGAAAAUGUUAUGGAUCCAUCUUCCCAGAGAACUGGAGGGUUUAUGACUGGACAGGAGAUGGGGUUUCCUGGAAAUCAGGGCUCAAGACUAAUGGAACCAAUGAUGAAUCAGCAUCCAGGAAUGGUCAGCCAUGCGCAGAUGUCUACCAGCUUUGAACAUAUUCCCCAGAACCAGAUGCAAGCGCAUACUGGUCAUCCACACGCCCCGUUAAUGCGUUCUUUGAGUCAUCCAGUAACCAGCGAGACAUUCUGUGUUGCUCCUUUAGAUUAUUUUCCUUCGACAUCUGCAGAAUCCACUGAGGAGCUUCCACUUGCUAGCCAAGAUGUAAUUGCAGAGAAACUUGACCCUGAUGACUCUGCCGUCAAAGAUCUGGAUGAUGUGGAGGUUAAAGACUUGGACGACGAAGAUCUUGAAAACCUCAAUCUAGACCCAGAGGAUGGAAAAGGAGAUGAUUUGGAUCUGGAAACCAAUGACCUUCAUCUUGAUGACUUCUUACGGUCAGGAAAGUUUGAUAUUAUUGCAUAUACAGAUCCUGAACUUGAUUUGGGAGACAAGAAGGAUAUGUUUAAUGAAGAACUUGAUCUUAGUGACCCAAUAGAGGACCACCCAGAGGCUGUAGAGGAACAGAAAACCGAGAGUAAAGAUGUAAAUACAAAUUCUGCUGAUGCCUCCCCAAAGAAGGAAGCUACUUCAGGAAUUAAAUUAAAAUUGGAGAAAACACCAGGAAGGUUGCAAGAUGUAAAACAGGAGAGCAGCAAUUCUAAUGAGAACACUGAUCCUUCUUCUUCAGAGCAUACCAUAAAAACUGAAGAGCAUGCACAUGCCCAUCCACCCACUGACGAAGAUCAGUCGGAAGAGAGGAAUACUAGAAGCCAAGAAAAUACUGGAGGCAGCCCAAGCCUGUCGGAGGCAUCUGCCCUGUCAAGUACUGGCACCCUGGCUGGUUUGACUCCGUCGCUCCCCAGCUUGCUAACUAAAGAUAAAGUUGAUAACACUGAGCUUGGGCCUUUAGGUCCUCCAACACAAAGCAUGUCACCUGCCCAUCAGAAACAUAUGGGGAUGCCCCAAAAUCCCAAUGCCUUGAUGACACCAGGGCAAAUGCAAGAAUGUGCUGCAAACCCCAAUCUAUCGAUGGAUGAAAUAAUGGACCACACCUUCUCCCAGGGAGCACCGCCACCAGUCAAUCCAAACUUCAUUCAGGGACACGAUUUUAGUGCUGAGCAGCAGAUAGGCCAACAUGUCCCCAUGGUGAAUCAGUCAGAAUCCAAUGGCAUGUUGGACACAGAACAAGCAUUGAUUUCUCAGGCCUUGAGUCAGCAGAACAGAGAGAGGCCAUUGCUCCUUGAUGAGCAGCCUCUUCUUUUGCAAGACCUGUUAGAUCAGGAGAGACAGGAACAGCAGCAACAGAGACAAAUGCAAGCCAUGAUACGCCAGCGAUCCAGCGAUUCAUUCUUCCCCAACAUUGACUUUGAUGCCAUUACAGAUCCAAUAAUGAAAGCAAAGAUGGUAGCUCUGAAAGGAAUCAACAAAGUCAUGGUUCAGAACAAUAUGGGGAUGCCUUCAAUGGUCAUGAACAGGUUUCAGUUUGUGGGUCAACAAAUGCCUGAACCAGAAGUGGGUGAAGGGGUGUCAGUUCCUCAGCAACCCGUUGGACCGGAUGGCAAGUUAGCACCACAGAUGGCAAGGCCUAACCCUCCCAGUUUUGAUCCUGGGUUUGUCAAUGAUGCCCAGAAGAAGCAGUAUGAGGAGUGGCUCCAAGACACACAGCAGCUUCUCCAGAUGCAGCAGAAGUUUCUGGAAGAACAAAUCGGAGUGCACAGGAAGUCAAAAAAGGCACUCUCAGCCAAGCAGCGCACUGCCAAAAAAGCAGGACGAGAAUUCCCUGAAGACGAUGCAGAGCAACUCAAGCAUGUUACUGAGCAGCAGAGCGUGGUCCAGAAACAGCUCGAGCAGAUCCGGAAGCAGCAGAAAGAGCAUGCUGAACUGAUUGAAGAGUAUCGGAUUAAACAGCAGCAGCAAGGCACAGGGGCGCCUGCACUUAUCCAAGGGGUGCAUUCCCAAGCACCAAUGGUACCCGGAGGUCCUCCACCAGUCAUGACCCAACAGAACUUCCCCAUAUUGGCUCAGCAGAUGGAGCAACAUCUUGGUCCUGUUCCAGGGCAGCCCACCCCCCCUCGAAUGCCCGGUGUGCCAGGUUGGCACCCUGGGGCUCCCGUCCCAAUGGCCGGGCUGAGGAUGCAGUCUCAAUUGCCCUCCCAUGUACCUGUGAAUCCUGCCCCACCUGCACAGGCUCCUCUGCCAGGGGAGAAUGCACCCCAGGCAGUAGCAGCAGCAGAGACCUCCACUGCAGGGAAUGGAGCCCAUGUGAAAUUUGAUGACAAUAACCCCUUCAGCGAGGGUUUCCAAGAGAGGGAGCGGAAAGAGCGUUUGAGAGAGCAGCAGGAGAGGCAGAGGAUCCAGCUCAUGCAGGAGGUAGAGAGGCAGAGGGCUCUACAGCAGAGACUGGAGCAGCAGCAGCAGCAGCAACAGCAAGGCAUUGUGGGCCCAGAGAUGAGCAGAGCCUCCCUUUCCCAAAUGCCAUACUUCAACUCGGAACUGCCUCAUGACUUCAUGCAGAGGCUGCAACAGCAGCAGCUGCCUACUCAACAGCAAAUGGGUCAAAUGUUUCCCCAACAGCAGAGCAUGCAGCAAGGCUUUAUAAGCCCAUCUCCUGGCACCCCGUUCUCGCAGGGCAAUGAGCGAAGACACAUCGUGGGUAAUGGACCAUUUGGCCCCCCUGACAUGCCUGUUGGUGGGCCCAAUUUCCGGCCAUUAAACCAGGGAAUUCAAGGAGCUAACUUUGUCCAGGGUCAGCCCAGGCCUCCAGCCUUCAUACCCGCCAUGUCCCAUGGCACAGGUGAAGGACCUCCCUUUGGUAUGGAACCAGUAACGCCCCUUCCUCCCAGUUACCCAGGCUCGGGCCAGUCUCUCAUACAGCUGUACUCGAAUAUAAUCCCUGAGGAGAAAGGGAAAAAGAAAAGGAACAGAAAGAAGAAGAAGAAGGAGGACGAUGCAGACUCUGUGAAGGCUCCCUCCACGCCCCAUUCAGACCUCACCGCCCCUCUGACUCCGAGCGUCUCGGACACGGCUUCCACGCCCACGAGGAUUGUGGCCUACGAUUCCUUGACCUACAACAAGGGUGAGCUGGAGACAGCUGAGUUUUUAGCAGGAUCCUCCACUCCCAAGUCUGGUGUAAGCCAGCUGCCCACUGAGCUGGAGCGACAGCUGUCGGCAAGCAACAGCAAUGGCAACACCACACACCAGCAGGCUGUGGGCCGGCAGUCCAGUAUCGGCUCAGAAACAGACCAACAAGUGGAGCCAGCCAAGCUGCUGCAUGAGAUCAAGCUGGAACAGAUGGAAGCCACAGAGUGCCGUGGCCCAAGGGAGUCAAAGGUGGAGGCGUCGGAGAUUGUAAAGCUGGAAGGUAAGGAGGGGACUGACCAUAGCCCUGCCCACAGUGUGAGUGGAACCGGGGGAAAACUGGAGUCAGGAAAUGAGCUGCUGAAACACCUGCUAAAGAACAAAAACACCCCCUCCCUGCUUCCCCAGCAGCGCUCAGAGGAGGAGGAGGAGGAGGAGGAGGGAGCAGCACAGAGCACAUUGCUACAGAAGCAAAACAACACUGAAGGGGCUGUGCCAACUGCAGACAACAAAAUGCAAGGAAACCUGAACCAGCAAGCGCCUGGGCUGCAGCGCACAGACCAGGAGCAGGACAAGAAGAAACAGCGGAACAAGCGAGCGCCAAAGAGCGGGGAGAAGCCAGCGCCUCGCUCCAAAAAGAGAAAGAAGGAUGAGGACGACAGACAUGUGCUUUAUCCCAACACUGACUCCUUGAUGAAUCAGCUUAAACAGCAACUCUCUCUCUUGCCUCUAAUGGAGCCUCUGAUUGGAGUGAACUUUGCUCACUUUCCUCCCUAUGGCAGCGGGCGUCUCAGUGGGGAGAACCGGCUCACAGGCACCUUCGGGAGUGCCUCGCUGGAUGGGGUCUCGGACUACUACUCUCAGCUCAUUUACAAGCAGAACAACUUGAGUAACCCUCCAACCCCGCCAGCCUCUCUCCCACCUACUCCACCUCCACUAGCCCGUCACAAAAUGGUUAAUGGCUUUGCUACCGCUGAAGAACUUGCAAGCAAAGCUGCUGUGAUGAGAGGACCUGAGGUCAUCAAAGGCCUUGGACCCAGACAAUUCCAGAUGCCAUUCAGACCAGAGGAAGACUUGCUGGCUAGAGCAAUGGCACACGGCCCUAAAACAGUGGACGUGCCUGCCUCCCUGCCCACACCCCCUCACAACAACCACGAGGAGCUCAGAGGGCAGGAUCACUGUGAUGAGCGGGACUCCCCAGACAGCUUCGUCCCUUCCUCCUCCCCGGAGAGUGUUCUGGGAAUGGAGGUGCACCGCUAUCCUGACCUGUCUCUGGUGAAGCAGGAGCCCCCGGACCUCGCCCCCUCCCCAGUCAUCCCCAUCCUGCCGAGCUGCAGUGGGAAAGGAUCUGAAUUCAGGCUGUGUGAUGUAAAAAUUGAGCCUUCUGGUGUGUUUUUUGGGCCCGAGUUUGGGCAGCCUGCAAACUGUUCACAAGCUGGUCUUGUAUCCAUAGCGAUUACACUGAACCCAGCCGCUGCAGGGAACAUCACCGGGGUUGUAGCAGCUGUGGCCAAUCUCCUGCGUGUGAAACUCCCCAACAGCUAUGAGGCUAGCGCUGCUCCGGACAGGCCACCCGCGACCCUGCUCAACAGCAUGAAGGUGCAACACCACCACCGGUUUGAGCACAGGCCUCCACCGCUCUUCACUGGGGCAGGCUCUGGGCAGCCAGCGGUCAUGAGGUUCAUGAGGCCUUCUGGACCUUCUGGAAUGUUCCAGCCUCAGGUCCGCUUCACGCCAAUCAGCAGCGGUUCCGUUGUGGUUAAAAGAGACGAGCAGUUUGCGAAAGGAAACCCUGGACCAAAACCACAGUGGUGUUGUCACUGCAAGGUUGUCGUUCUUGGAAAUGGAGUUUGUAAAUCUGCCAAAGAUCUGCCUUUCAAUAAACAGGACUUGCAUGAGGACCCAGGGAGAUCAGAGGGGAACCUGGUCUUCUGUAGCCACAACUGCUUUAUUCUGUAUUCCACAGGCAUGCAGGCCAAAACCACAGAGACACAGGAAGCAACCUCUGCUCAGCUGGAUUCCACGCCCACAAAAACCUUUCACCAGUACAGCAACAAUACCUCCACAUUGGACGUCCAUUGUCUGCCACAGUUACAGCCGAAGGAGUCUCCGGCACCAACUCCUCCCAUCACAUUUCCCCCGGCUGCCUCGGAGAUGAUGAAGCUGGAGUCCAAGCCAGACGAGCUGAAGGUCACAGUGAAGUUGAAGCCGCGGCCGAGGGCUGUGCAGGUCAGUGUGGACGAGUCCCGGCCAUUGAGCAAAAGGUGGAAGGGCAUGCGCUGGAGGAAGUGGAGCAUCCAGAUCAUGAUCCCCAAGGGCAACUUGAAGCUGCCUUGCGAGGGGGAGAUCACUGAGCUCCUGAAUAGGCUGGGUACCUCGCUGAGGCCAGAGCCCCUGCCCAAGGACCACAGGAAGUGCUGCUUCUGCCAUGAAGAGGGGGACGGCAUCACUGACGGGUCCGCCAGGCUCCUCAACCUGGACCUGGACCUCUGGGUCCACUUGAACUGUGCCCUGUGGUCCUCGGAAGUGUACGAGACGCAGGCUGGAGCCCUGAUCAACGUGGAGCUGGCACUGCGCCGGGGGCUGUCCAUGAAGUGCUUGUACUGCCAGAAGAUGGGAGCCACCAGUGGCUGCCAGCGGCUACGCUGCACAAACAUCUACCACUUCACCUGUGCCCUCAGGGCCCAGUGCAUGUUCUUCAAAGACAAAACCAUGCUGUGCCACAUGCACCGGCCCCGGGGGGGCGCCCCUGAGCAUGAGCUGAGGUACUUUGCCGUGUUCCGCAGAGUGUACGUGCAGCGGGACGAGGUAAAGCAGAUCGCGAGCAUCGUGCAGCGUGGAGAGCGAGACCACACCUUCCGCGUGGGCAGCCUCAUCUUCCACUCCAUUGGGCAGCUCCUCCCUCAGCAGAUGAAGGCCUUCCACAACGCCACUGCCAUCUUUCCCGUAGGCUAUGAGGCCAGCCGGCUGUACUGGAGCAUGCGCUAUAGCAACCGCCGCUGCCGGUACAUGUGCUCCAUCGACGAGCGGGACAGCCAGCCUGAGUUCAUUAUCAGAGUGGUGGAGCAGGGUCACGAAGAUCUGGUCCUGACUGACUGGACUCCCAAAGGAGUGUGGGAUAAAGUCUUGGAGCCUGUGGCUGAACGUCGGAACGAGUCAGGCACUCUGAAACUAUUUCAGGCUUAUCUCAAAGGAGAGGAUCUCUUUGGCCUCACAGUCUCUGCGGUGGUUAGGAUAGCAGAAUCUCUCCCAGGGGUUGAGGCAUGUGGAAGCUAUGUUUUCCGCUAUGGGCGCAAUCCUUUGAUGCAACUGCCUCUGUCCAUCAACCCCACAGGCAGUGCGCGUUCUCAGCCUAAAGCCAGCAACCAUGUCAAGAGGUUUGUGUUAAGGCCUCAUACACUGAACAGCACCAGCACAUCCAAGUCCUUUCAGAGCACUGUCACUGGAGAGCUGAGCGCACCCUACAGCAAGCAGUUUGUCCAUUCCAAGUCUUCUCAGUACCGCAAAAUGAAAACCGAGUGGAAGGGUAAUGUGUAUUUGGCUCGGUCUCGCAUACAGGGGCUGGGAUUAUAUGCUGCCAGAGACAUUGAAAAGCACACAAUGGUCAUUGAAUACAUGGGAACAGUCAUCCGCAAUGAGGUGGCACGCAGGAAGGAAAAGCACUAUGAAUCUCAGAAUCGCGGAGUGUUCAUGUUUCGAAUGGACAGCGAACACGUGAUUGACGCCACUCUGACAGGAGGUCCCGCGAGGUAUAUCAACCAUUCUUGUGCACCGAACUGCGUGGCAGAGGUGGUGACCUUUGAAAAGGGACAUAAAAUCAUCAUCAGCUCUAACCAGAGAAUUCAGAGAGGACAGGAGCUUUGUUAUGACUACAAGUUUGAUUUUGAAGAUGACCAGCACAAGAUUCCUUGUCACUGUGGGGCUGUGAACUGCAGAAAGUGGAUGAACUAAGAUUGCAUUCCGUGCCGUUUCCUCAGGCUUGCUUGCUUCUUUGGAAGAGGGUCUCGACACUGAGGACAGGGUGGUGUGUGUGUGUGUGUGUGUCAGCCUCUGUGGGUGUGUGUUUGUGUGUGUGUGUGUGUGUGUCUUCUUUUGUUCUCCAGUGUUCCAGGCUAACCAAUAGAAAUCAUAUAGACAGAAAGCCUGUCAGGUGGAGGGAUGGGGAAUAUGGUUUUAGUGGAAAGAGAAAGAAAAGGCAUAGUGGUAAAGGGUGGGAGAAAAUGAAUGUAGAAACGAAUUCACCAGCUAAUGUGGAGGAGACACAGUGCUGGCCACGGCCUUAUUUGAUAAAAAAGGGGCAGGCCCUCUAGUUCAAAUGUAUAUCGAAAUAAUAAAGACGCAGACACCACUGAACAGGGAAUGUACCGAGGUGACUUCCUUAGGGAUACAGCUAAGGGAAAAUUAACUUGCACUAAAAAACAUUUAAAUACUUGAUUCCAUGAGUCAGUUUAAUGUUGCUUUUUUGAUUUCUGUAUAAUAAGAGAAACAUUUUUGUAUUUAUUACUGGGUAAGUGAAUGAAGCUAUUUUUAAAAUAAAAAAAUUAAUGAAAUAGUUGAAAGUGGAGCUGCUGCCGUUACCUGCAGAUUUAACAAACCCUGUUACUUUUGUACAAAGUGUAAAUAUUUUGGAGAAAAUGGUAUAAAAUAUAUAUAUAUAUAUAUAUAUAUAUAUAUAUAUAUAUAUAUAUAUAUAUAUAUAUAUAUAUAUAUAAAAAAGUUAUUGACCAAAUGCUACCUUAAUUUUGCGUCUGUUUUGGGUGAUUUUGACAGAUUUCUCUAAAGGAUGUUGAGAGUAUAAAUAUGAUGUAUAGAAUACAUGUGUAAAUGUUCACAUCAAUAAUAUCUUUUUGUUGUUGUAUUUAGAUUUAAUAUAGUUGUGUAAUUGUGAUAGAAAUGUCUUCUGACCACUUGAAAAAAAAAAGUUUCCUUAUCAACUUUGGAAUUGUUGAAAAGUUCUUACAACAUCAAUCAAGUAAAUUGUUUUGAUCGCAAAAUCAUUGUGACAUCCUAAAGUCGGGUUGUUGUGGGUGUGUUUUUUUUGUUUUUUUGUUUUUUUUGAGAAUUAGAAGAACUGUGAAUUUAGGUUUAAAACCACACAAAAUGAGUUUGGAAGCUUAUUUUAACCCGAAUAGGGAAGACUAGAUAGUCUUUCGUACUCAAUUAUGCAGACUAGUUAUGUAGUUAAGGGCUUCAGUCUAUGAGUAUCAAUUGAAAGAAAAAGUAACAAUUGAGUUGUAAUUAUGCUCACAUGCUGAAGGAUGUGGUGUUCUGGAAUACAGAUGAAAAUUUAUGAAAAAAAGAAAGUGUAUGAAUUUUUUGUUUACAUUUCUUUUAUAUAUAAAUAAACAAACACUUGUUUUGUUUUGGCUGGCAGAGAAGUAACUACGUUUGAACCAGACCAGCUUUUCAUUUCGUACUUUAAAUAAAUAAUAACAGCCCCUGUGGUACUGGCACUUCCCGAACCGUUUAGUCUGAAAUGAAGUUGUGUUGUGUGCACAGGUUCAGUGGACUGGAAAGCUGUUGAUAUUCCAGGACACAGUCUUGAUAUUGUAAUGUAUACGGCAUGAUGAAUUUUUUACUUUUUCAGAAAAAUCAAUUGUAUAUAUUUUUCUCGACGAAUAGCUGUAUGAAAUUUGUUUCAUGGAUAUUUUUCUCCUUGUACAAUAUUGUAACAUCCUACCAGUAUUUGUCCUACGGUUUUCUUUUUGUUUGUUUUUCCUGUAUAAUAGUAACUAAUGUUGAAAAAUGAAGCCUUUUCGAAGUAUACAGAGUGUUAUGGGUUUGGAAUUUGUGUAAAAAGAUUUAGGAUCAUUUACAAAAUAAAAUAUUUUACAUCUAAAAA